AUGGCGGGGGAGUUUCUCGAGCUCCCAGCCUCACGUCUUUUUGGUACUUCUGUUGCUAUGGGAUUCUCUCAAGCAUCGAGUGAAACCUGUUCAUCGCCAUCUAACUCGUCCAGUGAUACUGCGGCAGACCCACGGUCCUAUUGCACCUGUCCACCACACACAUUAAUUGACGUUGACCUUCCGGCCAAGAAUCGGAAUGCAGGCAUCCUCAAAAGGACCAAUCGCGUUAAAUUCAUUGUGAGCGAGCUCGAGUCUCAGGAGCCCACUGGCGGAGUCCUGGGCGAAUCCCGACUGGACCGCAGGGGCAGAUCGAUGCUCCCCCAACGACCCCCACCCGCUGCUAGCAUUCCAUCCAGCCAGGAAAAGAGACCCUUGGGAACCCAGCAAGGACAUUCAGUGGAGGUCAGGAGCUAUGGCGCGUCAGCGGAUGUCACUGGCCUGUCGAUCUACUACCGGACCAGCUCGCCGGGGACUGUAGGGGACGAUGAGAUCAGUCUUGGUGCGGAUGACAAGGGGCGCGCGAUAUCCUGUGCUCAUGGGCAGACCCAGCGGCUUCUAUCCCUUCUGAGCCGAUCCCCAAAAUCUCCGAAGCCAGUCUCAGGCUCAGGCUUAGGACUAUCGAUUGCUUCUUCUCCCUUUGAGGUGGUGUUUCCGUCUGAUUAUGUAGACGAAAUCCCUUUGAUCAACUUCCCUGACAAGCGACAUCUCGAAGACUCAUCUUUGACUAUAACCGAUGAAGAAGAAGCGGGUGCUUUAGACGGGCGAUCUAUAUCGCACACUACUGAAGCCCAAGUUACCAGGCACCAAAUGUCCCGACCCGACUUCUCCUCGUUUAUAACUCGAGUGCGGCCACCUUCUCCAGGGCCACUUUCUGGUCAGGUUACUCCAUCAGAGAGCCGGGACUCAGAGACCUAUGACGAACGCCCGAGGGGCUCUCGUGCUGGCAUUUUAUCCUCCAUACUCAAGCUAUAUGACCAACAGCAUGGUGGGAAUCGCCAUUCGUACAGCCAGGGCCAGUAUGGUCACUCCAGACAGGGCAGCACCUCUGAAGACAAUGGACAUGACGUCUCCUCAGAUACUGUCUGGAGAUCACACCGGCCCAGGAAGUGGUACGAAAAGUCCCUCAGCCAAUCCACGGCCUCCCUUACUGGCUCGACUAAGAAUACUUCCCCUCAUAAUAUGCUGAAGCGCUCCCGCAGCAGUGGAGCCAUCGGCACUCACGGUAGCGGCGGAACGUGUCGUCGUUGGGCAAAGCCUCAGCUGGAAGACGAGAUUCGCAUCACAGUACAUAUUGCAGAACUUCUUUCACGACAACGGUAUCUAAUCACGCUUUGUCGUGCCCUCAUGAAGUAUGGGGCGCCAACUCAUCGCCUGGAGGAGUAUAUGCGGAUGACCGCGCGCGUCUUGGAAAUUGAUGGGCAGUUUCUAUACAUCCCCGGAUGCAUGAUCAUUUCGUUUGACGAUGCCUCAACACAUACCACAGAAGUGAAAGUUGUGCGGUCUAAUCAAGGCAUCGACCUAGGCAAGCUAGCCGAUGUCCACGAAAUCUACAAGGAAGUAAUCCACGACGUGAUCGGAGUUGAGGAGGCAAUUCAACGACUGAAUGAGAUAAUGAAGAAACGAAGCAAAUUCCACAUCCUAUUUUUGAUAUUUGCCCAUGGGUGCGCAAGCGCAUCUGUCGGGCCUUUUGCUUUCAAUGCACGUCCAAUCGACAUGCCCAUCGCCUUCCUAUUGGGCUGCCUUCUUGGGGUUCUGCAGCUCAUUCUUUAUCCAAAGUCUAGUCUCUACUCCAACGUGUUUGAGAUCUCUGCGGCAGUGCUCACAUCAUUCCUGGCUCGCGCCUUUGGAACCCUUAUCCUACCAGGGUAUACCGUCCUCUGUGCCAGUCUGGAGCUGCAAUCACGCAGUAUUGUCGCCGGCUCUGUACGGAUGGUCUAUGCCAUUAUCUAUUCCUUGUUUCUGGGAUUUGGAAUCACCAUAGGCACUGCUGUCUAUGGACUACUGGACUCCCAGGCUUCAACCGCCUAUACUUGUCCAGCCAGUCCCAUCACUAACGAGUAUCUUCAGCGCUUCCCAUUUGUUUUAAUAUUUACAGCAUGUCUGGCUAUUGUCAAUCAUGCCAAGUGGAAACAAAUUCCUGUGAUGCUGGCUAUCUCCCUUGCAGGAUAUGCGGUCAGCUAUAUUAGCUCGAAGCGCUUCUAUUCAAACACCCAGGUAUCUAAUGCUCUCGGUGCUUUCGUUAUUGGUGUCAUGGGGAAUGUGUACAGCCGUCUCCGCCAUGGACUUGCAGCAGCAGCUAUGUUACCGGCUAUAUUCGUUCUCGUUCCAUCCGGACUCGCUGCGAGCGGCUCUUUGAUUUCUGGAAUUACUUCAGCCGAGGAGAUGACCCGGUCUCCAUAUGCGGUGGUGGCCAAUGGCACGCAGGGCUUUGUUGAUGCAGCGAAGAAUUUAUCUUCCGCCGAGGCACGAAACCAAAGCUAUGGAGUUGUAUUCGACAUCGGGUACGGAAUGGUUCAGGUUGCUAUCGGAACCACGGUGGGGCUCUUUCUCGCUGCCCUGGUUGUCUAUCCCCUGGGCAAGAAGCGCAGUGGACUUUUCAGCUUCUAG